CAGCCGAAGAAAAUGUGACGUGCUUCCGGUUUUAUACACGUGUUGUCAGCUCAUGUUUUGGCGAUAGUAAGUUUUGCCCAGAUCGCUACAAAGUCUCUGGAUUUAAUCGACAGAGUGGUCACAAUGCCUAAAGUUAAAGCGGAAAAGAAAACCCGACAGCACCAAGAGGUGAAAAGUCAAGGGAUCAUGUUCAACACUGGGAUUGGACAGCACAUCCUGAAGAAUCCCUUAGUGGUUAAUGGCAUUAUUGAGAAGGCAGCCUUGAGACCGACAGAUGUAGUACUGGAAGUCGGACCUGGAACUGGAAACAUGACAGUGAAGCUUCUGGAAAAGGCCAAAAAAGUAGUAGCUUGUGAGCUGGACACCAGGCUUGUAGCUGAACUUCAGAAACGAGUGCAGUGCACGCCGAUGCAGACGAAGCUACAGAUUUUGGUCGGUGACGUGUUGAAGACUGAACUGCCAUUCUUUGAUGUGUGUGUAGCAAAUUUGCCCUAUCAGAUCUCGUCACCCUUCGUCUUUAAGCUACUUCUUCACAGACCUUUCUUCAGAUGUGCAGUGCUGAUGUUCCAGAGAGAGUUUGCCAUGCGGCUGGUGGCGAAGCCUGGAGAUAAGCUUUACUGCAGACUGUCCAUCAACACACAACUACUAGCCAGAGUGGACCACCUCAUGAAGGUUGGAAAGAACAAUUUCAGACCUCCUCCCAAAGUGGAAUCUAGCGUGGUCAGGAUAGAACCAAAAAAUCCACCACCACCAAUUAAUUUUCAGGAAUGGGAUGGUCUUGUCAGAAUUGCCUUUGUAAGAAAGAACAAAACUCUGAAUGCAGCCUUCAAGUCUACAGCUGUUGAGCAGCUUUUGGAAAAGAACUACAGAAUUCAUUGCUCCAUGCACAACAUAGACAUACCACAGGACUUCAGCAUUACCCAGAAAAUCGAGAGCGUUUUACAGGAAUCGGAGUUUAGUGAAAAACGGGCACGAUCAAUGGACAUAGAUGACUUCAUGGUAUUACUUCAUGCAUUCAACUCUGCUGGGAUCCACUUUUCAUAAAACUCAAACACAGGAUGGCUGGAGUGUAUAUUGAUAAUAUUAAUAAGAAAGCAUUUUAUUUAUAAUGCACCAAUUAUCAUUUAGAUGUUAAUCUAAUGGUGCUACAUUAUCCCAAA